GGAUAAGCCACGAAUCCUACUAAUUAACGUGACACUGACCUCGAUUAAGUUAGAUAUCUUUAUGACUCCAUUCCGGUGACAGGGAUCAACAGGCUCACUGAUCCUUAAGUGCCUUUUAUCGGCAAAAAUCGCGUACGUUCCGCCGAAGUUGAGGAUGCAGCGCGCUAUCAACACGAUCGCUUUCUUUAAAGAUUUGCCUUAUUGUCAGUCAUUUAUACACAAGGUGAAGCUGAUUUCCUGUAAGGACCAAGUGGCCCAAUUUGAAUUGCAACUUGAAAAGCCACACUGCAACCUGAACAACUCACUCCAUGGGGGCAUGGCCACCGUCCUGAUUGACCUGUACACCUGCGCACUACUGAAGACGGCCUAUGAGAAAAACGUGCUGUUCUCCACCACCGAACUGAAGGCAAGGUUUCUUGGUGCUGCCAAACUGGGAGACACCAUCCUGAUGGAGGCACGAAUCACCCGCGCUGGACGCACAAUGGCUUUUGCUGAAAUGGACAUUCUCGACAAGGCCACCAAGAAGAUACUGGUUCAAGGGACACAGACUGCACUAGUCGUUCCUCAAGAGUAGCAGUGUCAACAGUAUUGGUACGAAACAAGCUUCACCAAGUGUGUUGUUGCAUUCUGGACAAUUUACCAAUUCUAUAAUGAGUAUUGCCAUGUACUAGUUACCUGUUUCUUAUAUGCUGUGAAUGUGGAGUGGAGUACAGAGGAAAACUUAGCCUGGGUGUUUAGUUACUGCUGCUUUUGUCAUAGAUUGUUCAAGUCCAUCAAGUUCAAGUCAACAAUACUGUUGCAGAAUGGCGGGGAGUGAUUUCAGUUAUGCUAGUACAUUACGAGUUUUUUUUUUUUUUUCAUUUCUAAAAUAGCCGAAUCUACUUAUAGUGG